UCUAGUUAUUAAACUACACUGCCAUUUUCCCACUAAAACCGUUGAGUCUUUCACCACCUAGCUGUUGCUAGCUGUCUCUAAUAUCCCUCCCCAUGUGACCCUUCUUUCCACUCUCUCUCCAAAACCUUAGGACCUUAUUAGAAAAUCAAUAACAUAUUACAUUACACUUACACACAUAUACCAUAAUCUAAGAAAAAAAUAUAGAGGGUAAAGAAAAACAUAUCAUCAUCAUAAUUGUGUAUUGUACAUGACACAAUAUGGUGCAGGUGUUAUUGCCUCUCAUCAUAUCUCUCUAAUAUACUUCUCUCUCUCUUGUCUCCCACUACUUUUAGAAGCCCGAGAACAAGAUUUUGAAGUAAAGAUUUGCGGUUGUUUGUGUGUUGGUUAGGUUGUUGAGAUUUCUCUCUCUCUUUUCUUUACCUAUUUUUUCUCAAAAACACAAACACUUAUAAGAUACAUAACACAACACAAUACCAAAAAUUUCGGUUAAACUUCCUCUAUAUUUGGGGUCACACAUACUCAUUGGGAUUAAUGGCACAGUUACCUCCUAAAAUACCAAGUACCAUACCCCAAAAUUGGCCAUAUUUUCCUCACCAAAGGGUAUCAUCAUCAUCCACAAUGUCAAACAUCACCUCCACCACCACGACCACGGCCACGACCCAGAAUAAUACUUCUGACCAUCAACAAUCACCACCAUCACAACAAUUACCAUCAUGGAUAGACGAAUUCCUCGAUUUUUCCUCGGUAAGGCGAGGGGCUCACAGGCGGUCUGCUAGCGACUCUAUUGCCUUCCUCGAGACAUCAUUUCUCGAGGAAGACUGCAGGAGUGGUGGUGGCGGUGGUGGAGGAUUUGAUAGACUGGAUGAUGACCAAUUAAUUUCCAUGUUCUCUGACAAUGUUGCCGGCGUAUCUUUCCCGCCUUUGCCGUUGUCAUCAACAUCCAACCCAUCGUCACCAUCCUCCGACCAAAAUAGCAAUAACAAUGAAGAGAAACCAAUGGCAAUGGUGUUGGAUGAACAACCUCAAGAGCAUUAUCUUCAUCAUGAGGUGAAGCCUAAGGAUGAAGCCGUUGAUGACGACGGUUCAUGUAAAAAUGAGGCGGCGGCGGCGCCAUCUUCCUCCGGAAACAUCACCUGCACUGAAACCGUUGUGGAUCCCAAGAGGGUCAAAAGAAUUUUGGCUAAUAGGCAAUCAGCUCAAAGGUCAAGGGUGAGAAAACUACAAUAUAUUUCUGAGCUUGAAAGGAGCGUAACAUCUUUGCAGACGGAGGUUUCAGCACUGUCACCACGAGUUGCAUUCUUGGACCAUCAACGUAUGAUUCUUACUGUCGACAACAGUGCCAUAAAGCAACGGAUUGCAGCAUUGGCCCAGGACAAGCUUUUCAAAGAUGCUCAUCAAGAAGCAUUAAAGAAGGAAAUAGAAAGGUUGAGGCAAAUCUAUCACCAACAAAACAUACAAAAGAUGGGAAAUUCAGUCAAUAAUAACAUUAACAAUGGCCAUUCUCUUCAAUCUCCAACACCAACAUCACAGCCACAACAACAAUCUUUCCAUCAGCACAAGGAGCAAAUCCUCAGUUAAGGGAAAGAGAAAAAGAAAAGAAAAAAAAAAUAUAGAAAAAAGUGGAUUAUGUAUUAUGUUCCUUGGUCCUAACAUGUGAUGUGUUCCUUAUCAAAGUUGAUGUGGGGCCCAUGAGAAACAGUUAUGAGUAAUUGGAGGGUAGGAAGUUGACAUGUGGAUUGGUUUAAUUUAGAUUGAUGAUUUCUUUUUUUUCUUUCUUUCAAUUUUCCUUUUUAAGGUGAUUAUUUGGGAUUGGUUUGGAAUUAUAAGAUAUAAUUUCUUAUGAUUACACUUUUUGUUUUUGUUUUUUUAACAAAAUUAUUCUCAAUGAUUUUCUUUUUUGGGGGUGGAAUAAGGGGGGACAAAAUAUAGUGGGUUUGUAUUGGGAUAUAUAUGUAUGGAAAUGGAAACUAUUAGAGAUUUAUUUUCUCCUAUUUUUUGUGGAGGAAGGUGGUGUUUGAUUGAUGUAAUUUUCUUGUAUUUUUUCUUCACUUGGGACUAAUUGUCUAUGUUCAUUUCAA